AUGGACGAUCCCAUAUACACCUGGCCAUCGUGGAAGUUUGGAAUGGAACGAGCCGACCUCUUUACCAAGCUACAUGAUCAGUACAACACCUUCUCCUUUACCCUCCAAGAUCCCGACGCCUUCCACCAUGACGUUUACGAGAUUUCCACCGAGGCGAACACCGAGGCCGAGUUCCAUCGCCUCAUGGCCAAGCGCCGCCAGCAACGACUCGACCAACUAAACGAGUCCCUCCAAUCCGUCGCCUUUGAAAUCAUCGGCAACCCCAAACUUAUUGGCUCUGAGCAGUGGCCCAUGGCCGUCCAGCUCUUCCGCACCCGCUCCUUCGACUCCCUCAUCCGCUACUUCGCGAACUACCUACCCGAAGAUUAUUAUCAUCGCCACACAGAUAACGAUGCCGCCUCCACCAUCUCGUCGUGCACUGACAGGAGUAGUCUGUAUGCAGGGAGCACGAACGCCAGUAGUGUUGGCGAUGUUGACGAUGCGCAGUUCUUCCCCGAGCCCGCCGAGGAGAAGAAACCUGUCCCGUCUCGCGCCCCCAUGCUGCGCGUCGACACCUCGUUCAAGACGUCCGAGCUCGCCGACCUACCCCCUUCUCCCCAGUCGAUGACCAUGCCAUCCGACACGUCCGCCGUGUCCUCGCCCACGGAAUCUCAUCACCGCGACUACUGUCUCCACCACCCCUCGCCCGCCCGAUCGUUGUCCUUUUCGGGGUCGGAAUCGGCCACUUUUGGCCGAGAUCGUUUGCUGCGUUUGAGCGAGAGGCGAGGACGGGAGGAGGACGAAGUGGAAAUGGACGAGGAGGAGGAGGAGGAGGAAACGUCGCAGGCAGACGACUUUAUUACCUCGGACGACUAUUACACCAUGGACGAGACCUUCAAAGAGGAAGACCUCGCUGCAGCCCAACUCCCGUGCGAUAUCUUCGACUCCAUCAUAGAGUCCAUCGAGACCGAUCCCCUUGAUACCCCCACCCCCCAACCAGAGCGGAAAGCCACUAUCAGCGCCGCCGCCACAUCUACCGCCACAUCUACCGCCACCUCUACCACCGCCACGACCACCCACGGCGACGCCAAAAAGCGUGCACCGACGAUGAUGCGCAACAUAGCCUGCUCCCACCGAGAAACCCCACGAAACCACCGCCCCCACCGAAGCGGCAGCCCCAGAAGCAUACGUCGCAGCCCCGAAGAGGCAGCUUGUCGGAUAUCGAAGCCUCUCCCGGAGACUGCGCGAGCGAGCAGGCAGCAGAAGGGGUGGAGGCAGGCUCUUGACUAG